AUGGCUAUAUUAUUAUCUUAUAUCAUUAUUAUCUUCAGUAAUACCUUCAUAGUUUCUAAUGCAAAUACAUGGCAACCUUUUUACAAUCUUUAUAAUACAGAUAUGAUGAUCAAUGAUUUUGAUCAUGAUUGUUUCUAUUCGCCUAUAACUAAGAGUACUAGUUUAAAUGAAAGCACUUAUAUAAUUGAGCAAAUUGUUGAAUAUUGUAUUCGAACACCUUCGAAAGAAAUAACUGAUGCUAAUGAAAAAUCAAUAUCAUCUAAAUUAACUUUUGAUGAAUUAAAAAAGAAUAAUAUAACGUCUACUGAUCUAAUGCAAUGGUCAAGUCCUAUUGAUCUUAUCGAACGUUAUGAAUAUUUUCUGCAAAUGAAUACAACUUCAUCAACUGAAGUAUUUUAUAAUUGUACUCUACCAUGGUUUGGGUCAUUUUGUCAAUAUAGAUUUAUUUUAAAUCAAUCAUUUUCAUCUUUUAUUCAAAUGAGAUUGGACGAGCGCAAUUUAUUCGAUGAAAAUACGACAUUAACUUGUUACAUGCAUAUGAAAUGUGACAAUCAUUCAUUUCUAACUUGUCUCGACUGGCGUGAAAUAUGUGAUGGGAAGGUGAACUGUCUUGAUAAUGGUGAAGAUGAAAAAUAUUGUAUUGAACUUGAAAUGAAUCGUUGUGAAGAAAACGAAUAUCAAUGUCAAAAUGGUAUGUGUGUAAACGAAGAUUUCCUUUUAGAUGAAGAUUCACACAGGAAAACUAUUAAUACAGAGUGUUUGGAUGGAUCAGAUGAAACUCGAUCUGUAUUAUCAGCUUUAUGCGCAAGAGACCCAUCUUUUAGAUGUGAAGAUGUUCUUUGUCUACGAUAUACUGAUUUCAACUGCGGAGAUGGAGUUUGUCUUGCUGUGGAAAUAACUCGAGGGAGUGUUCGAUGCAUAAAUAAUCGAGAUCGCGCAGUAAACUAUAUGUUUGACUGGGACAAUCCUGUAGAUACACGAUAUCCUCGUUGUUUCAAAACUCUUAUGUGUGUGACAUUCUUAGUGUCACGGAUCAACUUCGAUAAAUAUUGCAAAAAUUUGUGCAAUAAUACGCAAGAAUGUAAAAUACAAACUAUUAAAGAUUGUCCACCUGCAUUCAUUGCACCUACCUUUCCAGUAUGGGAUGGGCAUGUGAGAUUUGGGUAUUUUUCUAAUUCAACAACUAUCAGACGAUCUGGAUAUGAACCUGACUUUGUAUGUUAUAACAAAGAUCUUUGUUCAUUUCUAAUUCCAACAUUCACACUAGAUAGUUAUACAUGUUUACAUACUAACCGAUUAAAUUUAACAUCAAGUUAUACCGCAUAUGACAUUUUUAGAGCAUGUAAUCAACUCUUUCAGAAUGAUAAUGAGAAUACUUGCCUUGAUCCAACUACAGUACGUUGUUUAGGAACGAAUAAAUGUAUACCUAAGCGUCGAAUCAUGGAUGGAUUUACGGAUUGUUACGAUGGGUUUGAUGAGUCAAUUGCGGCGAACUCAUGUGCAUUGAAUGAUAAAUAUCGUUUUCAAUGUACAUCUGAACAGAAAUGUCUCUCACCCACGCUUGUGCAGGAUAAGAUAGCGCAAUGUAUUGGCAAGGAAGAUGAGUUUUUGUUUGACGAUUUCGUAUAUACGAUUCAUCAGCUUGCUUUUUCUUCUUUUUGUAAUAACUGGACUGAUAUAGUUUCUAUAGAAAAUGAAACUGAUGAAAUUCAUUGUGAACAAUGGCCAUGUGUAAAUCAAUAUACACGUUGUAAUGCAGCAUGGCAGUGUCCAAAAGGAAUUGAUGAAAUUAAUUGUUCAACAAGUUUUCAAUGUCCUGCAAAUCAUCAUCCUUGUUUGUCUCCAAAGAGCCGCAAGAUGGAUUGUUUACAUAUAAAUCGUAUUGAAGAUGGAACUAUUGAUUGUCUUGGAUCGACAGAUGAGCGAUCUCAUUGUCGAAACCAAUCAGAAAAUGCUUUGAGACGUUAUCGCUGUUGGAAUGAUACAAAGUGUACUUCAGUACCGGGUGCCUGUCGAGAUUGCGAUAAGUCCAACGAAUUCGAUCAAAUAUGUGAUUGGUUUAAUGACAAUAUUCGAGACAUUAUUAAUUAUAUAAAUCAUAUAGACGACAUUUCUGUCUAUAAGAGACAGCUAUUCUCUCAUAAAUCAUCAAGUAGUUUUCCUCCAAUCCAAUUAUCGUUAUUGAUUCACAAGCACAUACAAAGUAAUAUGAUAAAAACUGAGAAAUUGUCUAUUAUUAAGCAUAAUAAUGAUCCAAGAUUAUGGUUAUGCAAUAAAGGAUUUGUGAUUUUAGUUGGUAAAAAUGAAAAAGAACAAUGUCUUUGUCCAGAAAGUUAUUAUGGUGAUCGUUGUCAAUAUCAAAAUCAGCGUGUUAGUCUCACUAUUCGAUUACGUCAUGAAAAUUUGAAUAAGUUAAAUGUGAUUGGUAUGAUUAUUAGACUUGUUGAUCAUACUGGUUUUGUCCAUUUCUAUGAACAAAUUACAUACAAAUCCUUAAUUAAUUGUAACACUAAAUAUAAUAUGCAUCUUCUUUAUCAAAAUCGUCCAAAAGAUAUGACGAAGAAUUAUACAAUCUAUAUUGAUGCAUAUGAUAAAGUAAAUCUUAUUUAUCUUACAAGUUGGAUAUUUCCAGUUAAAUUUCUUUUUAUGCCUGUUAAUCGUAUGAGUGUUCAAUUGAUGAUUCCAACAAAACAAAAUUGUCAUUUAUUAUGUAGUGAUAAAUAUCUAAAAUCAUUAACAAAUGACAAUAUUCAAUCUUGCCGAUGCUCAAAUUGGACGAAUUCAAUUUCUACGUUACAACACAAAUGUAAUUGUUCGUUAGACUCGAUCUGUGUUGGUUUUAAAGAAAAUCGAUCAAUUUGUCUUUGUCGUUUAAACAAAACAGGACCUCGAUGUUAUCUUAAUUCAAUCUGUCAAAUGAAUAACAAAUGUAUGAAUAAAGGUAUUUGUAUACCACAUGAUUAUCAACAAUCUUUAAUUAACUUCACAUGUGUUUGUCCAGAUGGAUUCUCUGGUGACUAUUGUGAAAAGACAGAUGUGAGAAUCGAUAUUUCAUUUUCUAAUGUAGACAUUCCACAAUCUUUACUUGUUCAUUUCAUUAAUGUUAUAUCACGUUCUAUUAUAAGUGAUAAAACAGAACCUAUUCGAGUAACUAUUUUCAAGAAAAUUCCAUUCAAUGAAAAAACAAUAACUAUAUACAUGUCAUUACCCUUUCAUCUUGUUUUCGUUGAAUUUAAGAAUAUGUACUAUCUUGUUAUUCUUCAACAUAAUUAUACAUCUUCAGUUACUUUUUCUACACAAAUCUCUCCAUCACAACGUUGUCCACACAUUCAAGAAGUAUUAGAUGAAGUUGCAGUUGGAUAUCCACAUCUUCGUCGUGUAAAAUAUUAUCAUACUAUAUGCCAAAAUCAUUCUGAUCUUAUUUGUUUUCAUGAUAAUUAUACAUUUAUGUGUUUAUGUACAGAAGAAAGACAUGCAAAUUGCUUUCAUUUUGAUUUUAAUAUGACUUACAAUUGUUUAGGCCAAAAUGAUUGUCAAAAUGAUGGACGAUGUUUUCAAGAUCAUCCACAUUGUCCAACAAAAAUAAUGUGUGUUUGUCAAGAAUGUUUUUUUGGUGAUAAAUGUCAACUUAGUACAAAACAUUCUGGUCUUUCACUUGAUUCUAUUUUGGGUUAUCAUAUUCAUCCACAUCUAACAUUAAUUCAACAACCAUUACCUGUUCAAAUUAGUAUAACAUUAGGUACAUUAAUCCUCAUUAUUGGCAUUGUUAGUGGAAUUCUAUCAAAUCUGACAUUUCAAAUAAAAUCAACUCGAAAAACAGGUUGUGGUCUUUAUCUUUUUACUUCAUCAAUUACAUCAAUUUUAGUACUCAUUUGUUUCUAUAUGAAAUUAUGGAUUCUUAUUUUUUCUCAAAUGAAUACUAUAACUUCUCGAUCUUUUCUUUUAUUUAAUUGUAUUUCAAGUGAAUUUAUUCUUCGAUUUUUAUUAGCAACAACUGAUUGGUUACAUGCGUCUGUGACAAUUGAAAGAUUUUUUGUUGUUUUUCGUGGAGUUCAGUUUGAUAAGGCAAAGAGUCGAAAAUUAGCUAAACUAAUUAUAUUUAUCAUUUUUAUAUUAACUGCUGCAUCUAUUCUUCAUGAACCAUUUCAUCGUCAUCUAAUUGAUGAUACUGAAGAUCAAAGAACGUGGUGUUGGGUUAAAUUUACAUCUGAAGUGGAAAGCUAUAACAGAUUUAUUAAUAUAUUUCAUUUUAUUAUUCCUUUUUCACUAAAUGUUAUCUUAGUCAUUGGUAUUAUGAUUAUUACUGCAAGACAACGUUCAUCUGCACAAAGAAUAUUUACCUUUCAACAACAACUCAAACGUCAAUUUGACCAGCAUAAACAUCUUAUAUUUAGUUCAUUUUUAUUGAUUAUUUUGGCAUUACCUCGUCUCAUCAUUUCUUUUUUACCUAAUUGUAUGAAAUCACCGAAAGAAUAUAAAUUAUUCUUGGCGAGUUAUUUCAUUUCGUUUAUUCCACCUAUACUUCAUUUUUUCGUUUUCGUAUUAACAUCGGAAAUAUACAAAAAAGAAUUUACCACAAUGUUUAAACAAAAAUGGGAAAUAUUUCGACGUUGGUUUUUUCCAAUUCGUGUAUGA